UGGCGGAGAAGUCGUACGAACAGAAGUAUCUUAGUAUAAAGAUUCUGCUUUGAUUUGUCAAGAUCCAUGUAAAUUUUAUGGACAAAAAUGACACAAAGAGAGAAGAAUCGUGUUCAUGUCUACACAGGGGUGACAAAAGAAAUAUUCGAGUCAGAUAUAGCUUCUAAGCGAAAGCCAGCGCUUUUUCGAGGACUCCACAUUGGAAGUGCUUGUGGAAAGUGGACACCCGAAUAUCUUGCUCAGCAUGGUGGUGAAAAGACAGUGAAGGUUCACGUCUGUCCGACUGGGAAGAUGGACUUUAUUCACAAAAACUUUGCUUACAAAACUCUUCCAUUUAACCAAUUUGUUAUGCGGACCAGUGAAACUGUCCAUAAAGAAUAUUUUAUUUGCCCAGAGGAGAAAUAUUAUCUAAGAUCUCUUGGAGAUGAUCCUAGAAAGGAUAUCUCUGACAUACCAGUUCAGUUCCCCAACUUAGCACAAGAUAUAAAAAUCCCAAAGUUGUACCCAGAGGACAGAUUCUUUUCAAGUGUGUUCAGAAUCAGUUCAGCACAAGGGCAGUUAUGGACACAUUAUGAUAUUAUGGACAACCUUCUUAUUCAAGUGACGGGAAGGAAACGCGUUGUCCUCUACAGUCCAAAAGAUACAACAAAACUGUAUUUAAAUGGUGAUAAAUCAGAGGUAAUGGAUAUCGACCACCCAGACUUAAAAAAGUUUCCAAAAUUUGCCGAGGCAACGCCCUUUGAGUGCUUCUUGGAGCCUGGUGAUGUUUUGUUUAUCCCUGCUAUGUGGUUCCACAAUGUGAUUUCUUUACAGUUCGGAGUAGCAGUUAAUGUAUUUUGGCGCCAUUUAGACGCGGGCUUUUAUGACAGUAAGGACACGUACGGCAAUAAGGAUCUGGUCCCUGCCGCCAGGGCCAUGCAAAUAAUGGACCGCGCCAUUAAAGCGUUAGAGGAGCUUCCUGAGGAAUAUAAAGAUUUUUAUGCCAGGCGGUUGGUUUGUAAAAUUAAAGACAGAUGCUACAGUCGUGAAGACAGGAAUGAUGAUGUGAAUGGUGAUUCUCCAGAAGAUGAAUAAAUAAGUGUUGGUCUGAAAGGAGAUUUAUGCAGUCCUAAAA